AUGAAGAUGCUGAGUUACUUGCUGUCACUGUUGACUCUGGCAUGCCCUUCUGCUGCUGCUUAUUUGGAUGAGCCUAGCCUGGGUAGUAGUUUGUUGCCUCACUAUGAACAUGAUCGUGCUGAUGCUGUUGACUCUUCACAAAAUAAGAGGCUGCAGGUUUUCACAGUGGACUACAACAAUGUGCAGAUUCCAUAUGAAGUCACUCUUUGGAUACUUCUUGCCUCUCUUGCAAAAAUAGGUUUCCAUCUCUAUCACCGAUUACCAAGACUCAUGCCUGAAAGCUGCAUCCUGAUUGCCAUUGGAGCACUAGUUGGAGCGAUCAUCUUUGGUACUGACCACAAAUCCCCACCGGUGAUGAACACAAGUAUUUAUUUCUUGUAUCUCCUUCCACCCAUUGUGCUGGAAGAGGGUUAUUUCAUGCCAACUCGUCCAUUCUUUGAAAACCUUGGGUCCAUCUUGUGGUGGUCCGUGCUAGGAUCUCUGCUGAACUCAUUUGGGAUUGGCCUCUCCCUCUAUGGCAUUUGCCAGAUUGAAGUCUUUGGUCUGACUGACCUGAACCUGCUGCAGAACCUGCUCUUUGGCAGCAUGAUCUCAGCUGUGGAUCCUGUGGCAGCUCUGGAAGUUUUUGAAGAAGCUUCUGUUAAUGAGCAGCUUCACAUGAUGAUUUUUGGAGAAUCAUUGCUGAAUGAUGGCAUAACUGUGGUGUUGUACAACAUCUUCAUCGCCUUCACCCAGAUGCACAAGUACGAAGAGAUUGAAUCCAUUGAUAUCCUCGCUGGCUUUGCUCGCUUCUUCGUUGUGGGUCUGGGUGGCAUGCUGUUUGGUGUUGUCUUCGGGUUUGUUUCAGCCCUCAUGACUCGAUUCACCCACAACGUCUCCGCUAUUGAACCCCUGCUGGUCUUCAUGUUCAGCUACCUGUCAUACUUGUGUGCUGAAAUCCUUUACGUCUCAGGUAUCUUGGCGAUGACAGCAUGUGCAGUGACUAUGAAAAAAUAUGUGGAGGAGAAUGUUUCCCAGAAUUCCUACACAACAAUAAAAUACUUCAUGAAGAUGUUGAGCAGCGUCAGCGAGACCCUGAUCUUUGUUUUCAUGGGAGUGUCUACAGUGGGGAAAAAUCAUGAGUGGAACUGGGCUUUUAUUUGCUUCACUCUGCUUUUCUGCCUCAUUUGGAGGACACUAAGUGUAUUUGCCCUCUUCUACGUUAGUAACAAGUUCCGAACGUAUCCUUUCACCUUCAAAGACCAACUCAUUAUUUCCUACAGUGGUCUUCGAGGAGCCAGCAGCUUUUCUCUUGCGUUCUUGCUUCCAGUGAAACUCUUCCCAAGAAAAAAAUUGUUCAUAACUGCUACACUUGUAGUUAUAUAUUUCACUGUGUUCAUCCAGGGAAUCACGAUUGGACCAUUGGUCAGAUAUCUGGAUGUUAAAAAGACCAACAAAAAGGAGUCCAUCAAUGAAGAAAUUCACAUGCGAUUGAUGGAUCAUUUGAAGGCUGGUGUUGAAGAUAUAUGUGGACAUUGGAGUCAUUACCAGCUGAGAGAUAAAUUUAAGAAGUUUGACAACAAGUAUUUGAAGAAAAUCUUAAUUCGGGAACAUCAACCCAAAUCCAGCAUUGUGUCAUUGUAUAAAAAGAUGGAAAUAAAACUGGCCAUUGAGAUGGCUGAGAAUGCCAUGAAAAUUUCAGAAUCUUCCACAGCUUCUUUACAGCACUGUAGAAACCGGCGUGAUACCAAGCUCUCCCCUGCAGAGGUGGAGUCCAUGAGGGAUGUCCUGGCCCAUAACCUGUACCAAGUGCGACAAAGGGCAUCAUCAUACAACCGCCACAACCUGCCUUCCAGUGCCAGCGAGAAACAGGCCCAGGAAAUCCUCAUCCGUCGGCAGCACAGCCUGAGGCAGAGUUCUAGGAAGGGGAAUAGCUUACCUUGUGGUAGACCGGUUAAUGCCACAAGUGUGCGCUACCUCUCCUUGCCGCAGGGCCACAGUGGCCAGCCCACUAGGCAGAAAGCCAGGCAUGUUACUUUUACAGAUCACCCUAGAAGUAUCUCUGAGGCUGGGAUCCCAGUAAAGUUCAAACCCCAGCCCCGACUACGGCCACUCGUAGCAAAGCACAGCCAGGAGGAGCUGGUUCCAAUGGCACACUUGGAUAGAUGCGACCAUUCGUCCCAUUUGUCAGGUCGAAGAGGAAAUACGAUCAAUCGUCAUCAUUUCACCAGAGCAGACAAUCGAGCUGCAAUAUCAAAGCCUCGAGGCAUUGUGAGAAAACGACAGGGGUAUGAGUCAGAAGAAGAGACAGCAAUGAUGGCACCAGCCAGGCCAUUAGAUAUAUGA